AUGGAGCAGGAGCAUAGCCUCCGGGAGCACCGCCUGCGCCGCCUUGACCACCAGGUGCAGAACCUGCCGGAGAACCAGGAGCAUAACCUGCCGGAGCAGAGCCUGCACCUGGAGCACCCGCCUGCCCAGCGGAGGGAGCACCUUCCUGCCCACCGCUUGGAGCACCUUCCUGCCCACCACUUGGAGCACCUUCUUGUCCACCGCUGGGGACAGUCUGGCCGGGUAGAAGUUUAG